AUGACCCAGAACGAAUCCCACCGCGCAAGCCCCGUCUUCCAUCAAGACGGGCAACACCACCCAUAUCAUAUCGUCGAGCCCUUCCUUGCCCGACAGCAGUCAUAUGGCGCGGCAAUGGGGGCCCACCAACCCUCGCCCGCCCAUACUGUCUUAGGUUCGCACAUCGAGCAUCCCCAGCCACUCCGACCCAACCCUGCGCCCGCAAAUCCUGCUCGAGAAACCGAUCCCAACAAAGCUGCCGAUAGAAUCAGGUUGAGCCUCGUGUGGGACGCGACGACCCUAAAUGUAUGGCUAGAUCUCAAUGCGCACGGCGAGGCUUUCUACAAGGCCUUCCAACAGCAGGCUACAAAGCAGCGCAAGGACAUACUAGAUCGAGCAACGAUGACGAUCUUGUUGAAGAAAGACAAGAGUAUCCCCGACGAGGAGGCUUACGCACUUUCUCUGGACGAGGAUGACUUGGAUGCGGACUGGGAGACGACUUUGGAAUGGCUGGAUGCGAACAAAAGAGACAAAUCGCCUCAUAUUUGCGGAGUGGUUGAGAUGGACGAUGGGUGA